CAAAGACGGACGCACAAGAAGAGCCGCGCGGGAUGCGACAAUUGUAAGAAACGGCACUAUAAGUGUGACGAAGGGAAGCCUUCAUGUGGUGGAUGCAUCAAGAGGAAAGUCGAAUGCAGCUUCGCUAUAGCUCAGAGCCCCGGUUCGGAUGUAUCUGUCAACACUAAGGUGUUCAAUGCUAUCUCACAUAAUAUAACCGACCACAAUGGAGACCCAGUGUCACCAUUGCCUAUGGCAGACUUUGAACUAUAUCACCAGGGCUUGACACGUACCCGGUUCACCAUCACACCAGACGACACUCCGGACAAGGAAACAUCCGACCUCGCUCUUCGGUUCCACUAUCUGAUGCACUCCCAGCUGGCCUUAGCAGCGCUACAUCUCUAUUCCGAGCAGCCUGACCGAUUAGAGUUACUGUCUAGAGCAGCUGCUCAUCAACACGCUGCGUUAUCUCAAGUGCGGCCUCACAUCAUCGACGCGACGGCUGAACACAGUGAAGCAAUUUUAGAAUUCGCCGCCGCCACUUCGAUAUUUGCGCUUGCCGAGCCUGCUUACGACCCACGAGGUCUUGGGAUAGUCCGUGAUCCAGUCGAUGAACUGCUCAACUCUUUUUACCUCGGCAGAGGCAUCAAAACCAUCCUUAUGCAACGGUGGGACGUGCUUCAGCACAAGGACUCUAUCAAAAAGGUUGCCGUUCUUCCAGACUACACCGCACUCAAAACUACGCUAGAUGACCACUAUCCUGGAUACCCGAUCUUAAGGGACGUCAUUACUCAGAAUUGUCAAGGCGAUGAAGCAGCUUCUUGCUUGGAAGCUGCUCAAAACCUGUUCUGGUACAUGGCCAUCAUGGAGACGCACCAACAAGCUGUUCCAGGACCAAUGUAUAUCCAGAUGUGGCCUUUACACGUCAGUACACUUUUUCUCAGCAUGCUUGCGGACCGAAUCCCGAUGGCUCUCGUGGUCUUGGGCUACUAUGCUGCGCUCAUGAGAUUAAGAUCAAAUACAUGGUGGCUGGAAAGAUGGCCCUCGGCCAUCCUCCAACACGUUACCUCCAUUCUGGACCCUGCACUGGCUAUUCACCUUGAUUGGCCCAGGCACAAGAUUUUCCAA